AUGGCCGACGUGCUUCCCGAAAUCAUUGGUAUAAUAGACGAUGGUCUGACUAUUGGCUCAUUUUCCUACCCAAAAAUUGCUGAAAAGCUUCUUAAAAUUGCUGCUUGGGGAUCCUUCGUGAAGGAUAUGAUUGGAAUUCUCAACCCAGAUAAGCCCGAUCCGGUUAUGCUUAAACUUAUUGAAAUCGACAAAAAACUCACUCAACUUUCCGACAAAAUGUCAUGGGAGUUUGAUAAUCUAAAAGCUUUUAUAGUCGAGAAUGAAUUUUACGCGGAUCUGGCGCAAACCGCCUCGACGUUAAUGAAAUUCAUGCAGGAUACAGUCAAGUAUCCAUGUAAGGAUAGUUAUGGGAUUUUCAGAGACGUGUCGCAGAAAUCUCCACCAUUGCAGUAUGCUUAUAAAAUGAUAAGUCUUUUGGAGCAAGAGUCAACGAAUCCGUUGAAAAUGGCAAUGAAAGCCGACCCAUUGAGAACUUCGGAAACUUUCGAUAAGUGGAGAGGUAUUAUUGAAGCAGUGAUGGCACAAUUUCUAUUCCUCGAGACCUAUAUCAAUGGAUUAUUCUGGAAUAAGAACAUGUAUGGCCCGAAUCGUCUGAAGGACCGUAUCACGCACCUGAACCAUUUGAUGGAUUCAUGGAGGAGAGAAUAUGAAGAUUCAUAUUGGGAUACUGUUGUCGAGCGUAUGGUUCAUGAUAUUCAAGAUAGAUAUGAGAAUUCUAGUAAUGGAGAGAAAUCAAAGAUGAUCUGCGACCAUCUUUUUGCAGGGCUGAAUAGGAACUGCUACUAUGUUAUUGUCUAUGAUCCCUGCGCUGGAUACGAUCAUCACGCGUUUUACGGUCGCGACUAUAUAGUUUCCUUCCGCCGUGGAGGUUGUAAUGUCGGAGUUUUUCAAAGUAAAACUUACGAUUGCGUGAGCCAAGCGGUACGAAACAAGUUUCAACAUGACGCUCUAGCGCGUGUAAACGAAGUAAAUUGGAAUUGGUCAUAUGCAGAUGUUACUAAAUGGCUGUGGCAGAAUAUUACAAAUUGUGACCUUACCGUAGUGAUUGCUUUGUAUGAGCAUAUUUGGAUUAGCUACGUUUACUACCCUAGCGUUCCAAGUGAACCAGGAUGGAGUUGUAAUAUAUGCUUUGACGAUGGGGAGAAGUAUUUCUUUUUUGCGGGGUUCAAUCUGGAUUGAUGUUAAUUUUGUUGCAUUAAAUGUUCACCAGCACGCUAAAUUGUUUUAAUAAAUUGUAA